GGUUGGUUUUGACCACCAAACAUAGGACGGUGCCUUGAAUCAUGGGGUACUGAUGUUGGCGUCAAAGCAUUCCCUCUGCACUCUGACAUGUUAUGAGAUUUGGAGCAAAAAUUAAAGUUUCAAAUUUGAUCAAUAAACAGGAAUACCAGUUUCUAAGCUCUUGAUGGAAGCUAAGCUCAGCUAGCGCGGACUCAGUGCACUACAGCUGACCGGGGCUCGAACUAUGGUUCCACGCAUUAAGCCUUCCUACGCCUAAUUCAGGCUGGGAUUGAUCUCAGGUGUGACUUAAAUUGGCAUGAGUCAUUAAUGGAGCUGAUGGGCUUUCUGGAUGUGAGCAGGCACAAAUAAGCAGGCCCAAGUUUCUAUUUUUGUACACUUAGCUGCAAGCCUGCAAGCCAAGUAGAAGCCAAAGCAGCAACUCAUUGCUCACUGUCUGUUCAAUUUCAAAAAUCGCUAAUUCUUUCUUACAAUUAUUACACAGUAAUAAUAUAGCAUGUUCAUUAUUGCCUCAUGGAGUCAUGGUAUUUCACAUGGUCAUUAAUUAUGUUUGUUGUCUGUGUGAAGUGUCAGGUGGAUUUCAGAUUUUCGGAUUGCUUGUUUAUGGAUACAACGUAUUUCUACUGUUGAGGACAACAGAGUUAUAUACUCCUUUUGUUACUAGAUUGAGAGAUCGUUGUUGUUUGCAAUUAUAAAUUAUAUAUUUUUGUUGUUUGAUUUGCAUCAAGAUUUGUCCUCGAAUACUUUUUUGUUCACGUUAAAAAAUUUCGACUCCCGUAGCAACUUACUGGCAUUCAACUAGUCUUGUACGAAGGGACAGGCCGUUUCGGGGAGGGGCAUAUAUACGUUGGACCGAUAUGAAUGUAGGCAGCAGUUGGUUCACCGUUUAACAGGGUCCAGAGGCCUUCCUUACAUGGGCCCAAAAAAACUAAUUCUAGUGAAGUCAAAAAUAUGUAUGGGCCAGGUCAUUAGGAUGAUUGCUUCACGGACGAGCUCACGAGGUUCAGGUUUGCGCCUGAAGCAGGAAUCCAGUUUUUUCUCCCGUUCAAAUAAAAAGGAAUCCAGAUUUUUUUUUUAAUGCCUGGAGGAGCAAGGAACGUAGCGCUUGCCGUUCGCCAGAUCACAGCCUGCCGCUGAUUCUGACCUUCCCUACAAGCAACUUCUUCAUCCGCAACCAGAAAAGGUAUUCCACCACAAUGCCACAUAGACAGGCUACCCAAACCGCCAUCUCCUCCUCUCUUCUCUACUCGUCGUGUGGUCGCUCUCCUUCGGCCAUCGAUUCAGAGGAGAGGGCAAACGAUGUCGUCGUCCAAGUCCAACUUCUUCAACCGCGCCUGGAACAGAGCUCGCGGCAAGUCGGAUGUGGAGAGGAUCUGCAAGAAGGUCUUCGACGACCUGGCGGACAAGGACACGGAGCUCCUGGACAUCAACUCCCUCCACGUCGCCACCCUGAUGGUUUACAAUUCAAUCAACAAGCAGUUAGUCGGCCCUCACAAGGACCCUCCCUGCUUGAAGAUCGUCACUGAAAAAAUGGAGGAGUACCGCGCGAAGAAAGGGAUUGCUCUUACGGAGUUCAAGGACCUGAUCCUCAGGUGGGUGGAGAAGGACCUGCGGCUGGUGCUCGCGAACAAGGCCGCCGUCGCGGUGCUGGGCGCGCCGCUGCUCGCCGUGACGGCCAAGAACGCCGGCAGGCGGGUGCCGAGGGUCGGCGACGCCGUCGACAAGGUGCCGACGCCGCUGGUCGCCGCCGUCUUCUCCGUGGGGCUCCUGCUCCUGCAGGACGUGGACGUCCGGGUGGGCAGGCAGAGGGAGUGAACAGGUCAAUCGGACGGAUGGGCUUAUCGAUACGAAGCGCUGGAAGGCUUUCGCUUUCAGGCACUGGCUCACCUCACGGGACAUGGUCCCAUCCCAUUGCUUUGCUGGUGCGUGAUGGUAGGCUGGAACCUGGAAGUCUCUGAUCGAUAACAAAAUGUGCUGCUACUUAAGCUGCAGCCUUCACCGGCAAUUGGCGUCUGGAUGGCACGUAUGCAAAAAUUAUGGAAGGGAAGCACUGUAAUAAUUGUGACGUUCAUUCUUAAUUAAUACUAGUGUACAUGUUGAUUUACUAAAGGCUGGCGAAUAUGUGGUUUUCUUUUCUUCUAAAAGAUUAAAAGUACUUGACAUUU